GAAAUCUCAUUUUCCUCGUGCCCUUCAUUUAAUAGUGUAGAGAGAGAGUAUUCAAUAUUCUGGCCGACCGUCUCAAAUAUCAAUACAUCUUUAUAUAUAUAAAUAUGGAUAUGAACAUCUAAAGCAUACACCAUUAUAUGAAUGAAUCACUAUCUCAUCACCUCUCCUUGUCCUCAUCUCCUCUCUCUAUCGCAUCUAAAUCAAACGUGACUCACACCCAAAAUUGAAGCCAUGGCCAAAUCUUCAUCUCUCGAGCUUGAUUUUUUCGGCAUGGAGAAAGGAUCUACUGUCCUCCCUCCUCCGACUGCGGCCCCCGUUUUUCAGCGCAGACGCAGUUUUCGCGAUAUGCAAGGUGUUAUAACGAAGAUGAAUCCGGAGGUGGUGAAGAGCGUGAUUGGGAAUGGCGGUUUGGGAUCGAAGAGAUCAUCAGCUGUUGCAGUUCCUUCUCCCCAAUCGCCACUUUGCGAUCCGAAACUUAGCCUGCGGUGUGGGGGUGAUUAUGAGAAUGCUGAAAAUACAGCUCCAAUGACCAUUUUCUACAACGGAGUGGUUUCUGUAUUUGACGUCUCUGCACGCAAGGCACAAGAUAUUCUCAAAGUUGCUGAUGAAAUACUACCUCCAAAAUCGGCCGAAAACUUGGAAUCCAACUCUCACACUGAAAGAAAUUUGCUUGAAUCUCUCAAUGGAGAUUUACCCAUAUCAAGGAAAAAUUCUCUGCAAAGGUUUCUGGAGAAGCGAAAGGAAAGGCUGAUUACGGUGUCCCCAUACUAAGAUAGCUGUGGAAGUGGGACAAAAAAAAUGAAGGAGAAGAAAUAAUAUGUUGAAAAAACAUAAUUAUUUAUGCUAAUUACGUUAUUAUAUCAGAAAAGGACAUGAAUUAUCUUCAUGGGGAAUCUUUGGUGGUUGGAACGGCAAGAAGCACGUUUUCAGUACUGGAUUAGGUUUUAAUAUUUUUUUCUUUUUAAUACAGUACCUUCUUUCGUCGCAGUUUCGCGGUCAGCUGCUUUUUUCUGCGUCAAAUUGAUGGCUGCAGUUUCGCAUUUUAGUCGCGUGGAUAAUGUGGAAUGCUACGACCACUAUUUCAUUAUUGUACUAUUAUUAUUAAAUUAGUUGGCCUAGCUGAAUAUAAUAUUAUUAUUGUAUUUGUAUGUGUAGAGAAGUUGCUUGCAGUUGACUUUUUUGUGUGCUAUGUUUGCCUAUGACCGAAAGAAAAGCCAAACUUUGACCAAGCACCUAAUUGUUGACCCAUUCAACUGUGGAAGAUUUAAUGUAUCAAGAUUUUGAGGCAUGUGCUUCUCUUAUUCUUGUUCAA